AUGCUAAACCUCAUUGCUGCUGUUACUUAUCUCACUUGUGCUCUGUUUACUGGAGUGCAGUGCCCAAGGACUGGACCCCUGAGCAGUACCAGUGAUGAUCCAGUAUUUAAAGGCUCUGACCGGUAUGAUUUCUCUUUUGUGAUCCAAGCUGCUGAAGUCCAGUGUUUCUGGCAUUACGCACGUCAGGGUGGCUACUUCUUCUUCAGCUAUGAGGUUCAAUGGGCAACUGGAAUCAGUCAUGACAGACGCAUCACGGCUACAGUAAAUACUCCCAGUGAUUUUCUCAUUGGAUCAUCACAAGACGUUCGAGGGCAAAUCAAUUUCAAAACCUCAGAAAAUGGUUUUCACCAGAUAUGCUUGAGUAAUCGCCAGAACCACUUUGGAUCUAUGCAAAUUUUCCUUAACUUUGGAGUUUUCUAUGAAGGUUUUGGGGAAGAAAAAGACAAUACCAAAACAAAGGAGUUAAAUGAUACUUUAGCAACAAUUGAGGAGAGCUGCUCACGAGUAGGAGGUAAUGUGUUCCAUAUGUGGCGAUACUACAAUUUUGGCCGGAUGAGAAGGGGAGCUGAUUAUUACAUCCUUCAGUCAAACCAUGGCUAUGUAAACUGGUGGUCAGCUAUUCAGUCUGUGGUCAUUGUUUUAUCUGGGUCACUGCAGUUGUAUUUCUUAAAACGCCUUUUCAGUGAAAAGACUACAACAGAGACCCAGAAACCUAGAUGCUAGCACAGUGACCAGGAGCUCUGAACUAUGUGAGAGGAAGUGUUGCAAUUGCUGCAAGAAUCUUCAUGGUGAACUACCACAUUACUGAUCCGUGUAUCUAGACAGCCAGAGGUUAAGAGGGGCACUCCUGAAAACCUAUAGCUACAUUUUCUCACUCAUUAACUAUACUUUUCUUCAAACAUCAGUUAAGACUUGUAUACAAUGUUACCAGCAAGUAAAAAAAGUACCAUGCAAAGAAAAUACUACAUUUUUACUAGACCAGAUGUCCUUUAACAGUUAAAGCUAUGUAUUUGCCAUGAAAGUUAAAGAUAUUACUAGACAG